AUGCCCUUGACGUCUGCAGGGAAUAAACUCAGUGAGAGCAUGGCUGAAUAUGAAGGCCAGCUGGUAAACAUGUUAACCGCACUGGAGAACACUGAGGAAGACAUGAGUGUGGAUUAUAAGCCAGCGCCACAAGACUGGAGUUCCAAUGAGGAGCAGAAGCGGGCAGAGGAAGAGAGAAAACUAUGGCAGGUCAACGUGGAGAGACAAGGGCUACACAACGACCUAUGGUGGCUAAAGAGGAAACUCUUUGUUGUUGCCAAGGCAUGUGCCCAGAACCAGGCAACACUUAAAGCACAACAACAACAUGUGGAGAUUCUUACAAGAGAAAAGGAGAAGCUAAGUACAGCAGAAGUCCAGAUGAGGGAUGAGAGCAUUAAACUGCAAGAAGAACAUAAACAACAGCUAUUAAAUCUACAGGAACAGUUUAAUCAAGUCACUACCAGACAUUUGAGUGACCCUCAAGAAGAGCUAAAGCAGUGCAGGAGGGACUUGUGUGGUGACGUACAACAAUAUCUGCAAGACAGCCUCAAGAAAAUGGAAGAACGAUAUGAACCUAUUUUGACGGCUCUUGUGAAGAGGAGAGACACAGCUAUGGAUGCUUUGACAAAGGUGAAAGAGCAGACCCAGGAGCUGAGAGUCCAGUUAAUACCUCUAAGAGAGGAGAUACAGAAACUGACACUCCAGAAAGUGUGUUCAGAAGAAAAGCUGCGUAUAAUGAGUUUCCGAAGAAGAGAGGAAAUGGGACAAUACCAGGAAACUGUAAACUUUUUGGAUGAGAGCUACAGAGAACUAAAGAUGGAGCUAAGAAACCAUGAAGCAAAGAACAACAACAUGAAGGAACUGAAAGAAAGACUUGAUAAACAGCUGACAGCAUACAGGUCUGCAAUUGAAGACCAGACCAACUGUAAUAAAUCAACAUAA